GAAGCAGUCUCACUCACAGGAGACCAAGAUUAGUCGUUCUUGUGUCACUGCGUGCCGACUGUGUAACCUAGAAUUUAGGUCUAGUCUAGUGUGUAGGAACAGAUGAAUGUACUCUACCGGGUCUACUGGUGUGUACACUUGUCCUUGCAUCUUCAUUACGUGUCAUGUUGUAAACAAUCAGCUUUUUUAGAUAUUAAAUUUCUCGUGUAGUAAUGGCUGGCUCGGCUUUAAAAAGAUUGAUGGCAGAAUACAAACAACUAACACUGAAUCCCCCUGAAGGUAUCAUAGCAGGCCCAGUGGACGAAGAGAACUUUUUUGAAUGGGAGGCCCUUAUAAUGGGACCACAAGACACCUGCUUUGAAGGGGGAGUUUUUCCUGCUCGUCUUACUUUCCCCCCAGACUACCCUCUGAGUCCUCCAAAAAUGAAGUUCAACUGUGAAAUAUUUCAUCCAAAUAUCUACCCAGAUGGGCGGGUGUGUAUUUCUAUUCUGCAUGCACCUGGUGAUGAUCCCAUGGGCUAUGAAACCAGUGCUGAGAGGUGGAGUCCAGUUCAGAGUGUGGAGAAAAUUUUACUGUCAGUUGUCAGCAUGCUAGCAGAGCCGAAUGAUGAAAGUGCUGCCAAUGUUGACGCUGCCAAAACGUGGCGAGACGACAGGAAAGGUUUUGAAGAAAUCGCCAAAGUGACAGUGAGGAAAUCUCUGGGGUUGUGAUGACUUGUUCAGAGUGUAGACUAUUUAUUCUGGAUUACCUUGCUGGGAUGGUACAAGACCAGGCUGAACUAGUUCUUUCUUCCUUGCUCGUCCACUGGCCACUAAGCAAAUAACUAAUGACUAGUUAAUGUUCAACCAGUGCGAUGAUAUAAUUCCACUCUGUUCCCGUUUUCAACCAUCCACAUUUAAUACAUUUUAAGAGGAUUAUCAUUCUGAUAAUUUAGGUAACUGCAACUC